AUGUCUCCAAAACGGAAGAAGGCAGGACAUGGUGACGACCCACCCAAGGCGAAGAAGACCAGAUCAGAGGAUACUCCUGACGACGAUACAACCAAGACUGAUGUCAACUGGUUCAUACCAAAAGAAAAGGGCAAGAACAUCUACAAAGAGAAAUGCGCAGCCGAGUAUGCCCAGAUUCUCUAUGAGAAAGCGCGAGAAGAGAUAAGUCCGCAACAAGCACCUGUGUUAGAUCCGCAAUUCCGGACGCCAGUAUUCCAAAAGAAUGGCAAAGAUCUGCGAGCGGGAGACAAGUACAGGCCCAGCGCGUCUUUGCGCAACCUGUUCAACGAUAUCAAGAGUAGAAGCAUUGCUAAGGAGGAGGGCCAUAGCAUCGCUCAUUUCCAGCAGCAGUUUGGCGACGACGCAAACGUUGCAAUAGUGCUCUCAAGAGCGGAGAACAACGCUACUGUUGUUCUAAAUGAAGACCAACGUUUGGAAGUGACUGUGAACGAUGUAACUGCACAUGUAGAUUUUAUCAGACGAAACUCAUCAGAGGAUGGCAGCCCUAUCGGGUACUUUAUUCAACUCCCUCUCAAUACGUCAGUCACAGUAAACGGAACUACAUACACCAACAGCGACGACUCAUCGUCCAUGCCUUUUUACAUUGGGCCGCUCGAAGGGGCGGUACCUCAAGAAGAGCUCGAUCGUCGCGAUGGAAAUGGGGAUGUUGCUUUGGGAAAUACGAGGGUGAGAUGGAGGCCUAUUGGAGCUCCACCACCGCCAGCGGGAUUGGGAAACCCGGGCAUCGCAGAAGAGGUAGAAGAGGAGUCAGAGGAUGACUUCAUCGACACAUUCACCGAUGAAGGAGAGCCGAUCAAAGAUCUUGAUGCGUAUAUGCGAGCUCAGCUGUUGUCUCAUCAACAAAGUCGAUAUCGCGAGCUCGUUCCCAGAGUUCUUGCUUCGGUGAACUAUCGACAGCAAGAAGCUACCGGAUUCAGUUACCAGCACGAAGGACAGACUUUCAGACCCGGAAGGACGCUGUUGCAACCAAUCGAGGUGGAUGGGAACCAUCUAUUGCUCGCUGCUCGAAUACACGCCGACAAGCACAUCACACUCGAAGUCCUAGAUCCAAUGACGUGGCGAUCAACGCUGUCUAGUCGCAAAGCUAUCGAUGAACACAUCAGGGAGACGUUGCGAAACUCCACAUGGUGGCGGCAUGUCUUUGACUCGUUAGAUCAAAUGGAAGAAAACCUGCCCGAGGCCACUAUGUGGGUACCGGCUACUCAGAUCACGACAGGCGAUGGCAGCCUUACGUACACCGUCUUGAACGCGUGGGCGCUGGCGAUGGGCCUCGCGCCGAACCCGUCGUUCACACCCAGCGCUCAUGGUCACGAAUCGUUCUUCAUCCGGGCCCAACAAAUCUUCGAUCUGGCCCUUCAAGACACGUUGAAUUGGAGGGUAUUGCUCGCCUUUUUCCGCUGCACCGGAUUCGUUAAGCCCAGCGAGGGCAGCGAGAAUGAUGAAGAGGCAAAUCUCCCGCAUCUAUCAAGGCGAUUUGAUCUUUGUAAUCGCUCCUUCCAGAAGCUGAUCGCUCGCCAAACGGCAGCAGACGCCGCCGCUGAGGGCAAGAAGAUCGAUAUGGAGCUGUUCACUUUGGGACUCGAGCAUGGGAUGCGCCAUGAUGUAGCCUUCGCUGCCGAUUCACUAAGCGAGCUCGAACGGACCAACCUCACUUCCAUCGUCCGUGAUGGCCAAUGGAACUUCGCUGACACAGAGAAGAAGCUGAAAAAGCGUCUGGACGAACACAAAGAGCAGAAAAUGUCGGAUGUGUCGUUGCUAAAACCAACACCACCACCACCACCACCUCCUCCACAUAAAUCGACUCCAGAUACCGAGGAGAUUCCGGCCGCCUUUGAUCCUUGCAAGCAUCUUCACGAGCAGAUCAAAUUGCUCGAAGAACAGGGGAAGAUUGAACCAAAAGUCGGAAGUGAAAUCGACGAAGCAUUGCCAUCCAGGUGGAGUCAAGCUGUCUUUGCAUAUAUCGAGCCCGUUGCACGAGCUAUCAACCAAUUGCUCUCACCUGAGCUGCCUAAGCGGGGCUUCACGGUGGCAGACCUGAAUGGUAGUAGCAGAUACGCAGAUGAUUCUGGCGUCUUGGACACAGUGGUUAUGAUAGUCUGCCAACUGCAAGAACAUGUCAUACUGGUAGUCUUGCAGCAUGAGGACACAUCCAAAGAAGCUCCUGAUGUAUCAUGCGUUAUGGACUCCGCACCAUGGAUUGCCACGGCGAAGGAGCGCAUCCAAAUCCACGACCUACUGAUUGAGGCGGGGAUGUUAGCAGUUGACCCUACUGCAGACAAAGUUAAAAGUUUCAUCGGGCCAGUACUACAAUGGAUGCCGGGACCUCAGCAAGCACAAGUAAAAGAAGCUGGGUAUUUCGCAAUCAUGAGUGCAUGGGCUGUACUACUCGGUCUACCCAUCAAUCCCGAAUUCAGCAUAGGCGCAAAUUUCUACGACAGCGCACUUCCUCUGCUCCAGGCAGUAAAAACAGCUCAUGCAGACUGGAAGCUUAUCUGGGCGUUCUUGCGUUGUGUGGGUUAUACACAGUCCGAGCAGCCGCCUGCGAUGCAGCGUCGUUUCAAAGCGACAAGGCCUGCUCGUGGCCCCCGUAUCACCAGAGGCAACAGAAAGACAAAGCGUUCGAUUGAGACUCAGGCUUGCCGUGACAUCAAUUAUUCGCAUUUUCCAGUGAACGCGGGUGUAGCGCAUACUGAAGCCUUCCCAUGGGACGACUAUGACAAGCCGGAUAGGGCAACUCGUAUACCCGAGAUGAUCAAGUCUGGACAGUAUCCAGAAUCUCUGCGUUCUAAAGCAGAUCAUACCAAAAAAGAUCCCCCUCCUGUUCACAAGGAGUCCCCAUGCGCUCAGUUCCAUCGCAAACUCAAGGCAAUAUUAGAGGAUGAAAAGAUCAAAACUGAGCUGCAAGACUUCCGGCAUACUCAGAAACCCACUAUAUCACAGCAGCCUAGCGACAACGAGUGUGGCUACUACACCAUCUUGAAUGGCUGGUCCCUCGCGCUUGGUCUGACACCAGAUCCUACGGCCAACGUUGAAUGGACAGAUCAAUUCCACAGCGACUUACAGGACGUGGUUCAUCUUGCUCGCGUUGGACGGGCAGAUUGGAGCUUGAUCUACAAUUUUCUUAGAUGUUACAACUUCGUCCUAGAUGGAGAGGUACCUCCUGAUCGCCGUUUCGCCCAAACCACAGCGCUCUUGAAGGAAACGGAUGUUGGAGAAGUACAAGAAAACAUCGUCAGCAUCGAGGACGUCCAAUCCGCUGACCCCAAUACCAACACUCCGGAUUUGAGCCAGAUGAGACAAGCCAAUAGAUUAGCGUUACUCCCAGGAAGGCGACACGGCCUCAGCGCAGCAUUUCCGUCCGAUAAGUGGAGCUCAGGUGCUCGAGCAGAUGCCAAUGACUUGGCUCGCAAUGGCAAGCUUGAGCUCAAUGCCAAUGAAGCCCAACUCCGAAAAGCUCAUGCGGAUCUGCGUAACGGCCGCGGGCCAGUCCUAAGAGCAGAGCUUCAAAAAGCGGACGCCAACUAUAAGCAACAAACCCGACAUGAGUUGCUCAAGACAUGCCAAGACCAUCUAAUUAGGUGGCAUACAGGUAUCGACUUGCUGUUCCAUGAACGAUCUUGUGCAUUCCUCCAUGAUACAUUAAACUUCUAUCGCUACAUCUUCCAAGAAGACUUCCUCGGUACCGUACUACACAAUGAAGCUUUCCCGCCCGGAGAUUGGAACAAGUAUCGAGAAGCUUCCGAAAUCAACUUGGCAGUCUCCGCUGUCGUUGCAGCCAUUGAUGACUUACAAUUGCAAAAACACCAAACGAGUGUCCCUGGUGUACCCUUCGCGGGUGGCUUCUCUCUUUCCACGAGCACGGAUAUCGCCAUUGGUGCGGGCUCAUCAGUUUCACGCCCCAGAAGAUGUUGGCUCAUGCCUCUGAGCAUCAUGGAAGGCGGCUAUCUAACUAGGAUCAACCAGUGGCGCCAGGAGAACGGUAAGAAGAUUCCAGAGUCUAACGGUGGCGCACAGGGGCACCAUAUACUGGUGGUUUUACAAGAGGAAGAGAAAGCAGAAGGGGAUGAGGAAGAGAGUGAGGAUGAAGAGCAGAAUGAGGGAUUAACCAAGACUGGUUUUGCGAUGUACUUCUAUGACAGCGCGCCGGAAAAUCUGAAGGACACACUGGUAGCUGAGGGAGUUGCAGGGCCAUUGCCCGAUAUCGUGUCAGAUAUCGCUCCGGGGCUCCAAUGGCUUCAGCAUCGUAAAGGCGAAAAGAAGAAGAGCUAUUCAAUUUUCGAGGUACCCACUUCAAGGCAGCCGCACGGCGGGUGGCAAUGCGGGCCUCACGUUAUCAUCAACGCGUGGAUUCUGGCUUUGGGCCUACGCCCUGAUCCUAGCAGAGAGUACAACGACAUCGUAUACCAGGAACUCCACGUGCUCGCGCGUGCCGCUGUAGUUGGACUACUGGACUGGCGAACUUUAGUCGCAUGGAUUUUCUGCCACAAGCUUGCUCUCGAGAAGAGUAUGGAUAGCGUGACACCUGAUCGUCACUUCAGGACUACAGGAUUCUGGGAAAACGAAAACGCCUUGGUUGAUAGAAUCCGAAGUUUAGAACAUAAUGAUGACCUUCUUGGGGCGAUGUCUCAGAAGGAGAUGCCUUAUGACAGAGGUAACAACCCUGUGCACGCAGGAGCUAAGACACCGAAAGACGCAGGGGAUGGAAAACAAAAAGAAGGAGAAAAGGCGUAUCUUGCAAGAAGCUACGACGAUAUAGAUCAAGAAAUCAUCAACCAGCCUAGCUGUACGAAUGGGAGACUGAGGGGAGGAGCUCGGACGCUUUGCGGAGCUGAUGAGGACUACGAUGUUAGUAUGAUCAGCAGUAAGAAGCGGAAGUCGCGUGAGAGAGCCGGUAGCAAUCGUGACAUCUUACGCGAUCCACACGAAGAUGGGGAUAUGGAGGUGGCAGAUGCAGCGCAUCCGACGCCUUCAAGGAAGAGGCGGCGACUAGGCGAUAGCUUAUCGUUUCUUGACGCAUAUUGA